AUGUCUUUACUAAAAGGCGCAUCCUCAACUGGACCACCCCCACCUCCACCUCCGCCUGCAGACCCACGCGCCCAAAUUCCGCUGGCGGUCUUGAAGCUGCGCACUGUCUCGCCCGACCGACACUUUCCCAAACAAAUCUCGAGGCGUAAAGAACUUGCACCAGUAGGUCCAUACUUUCUCUAUGGCUCACUGCUCGACCCGCAGAUGCUGGUUGAGAUAUUAGGCCUGGGCGUUACGCCGAAGUUACGGCCCGCUUAUAUCGAAGGGUUUACAUGCCAAUUGUGGGGUCAAUAUCCGGCCUUGCUCGAGCAAACAUCUGGAGGCAUUGUCGAAGGGUGCGGUGUACAAUGUGCAAUCGGUGGAAGAUGCGACAAAGCUGGCCGACUACGAGACCUGUAA